UUAGAUUUUGGCAUUUUCUAUCAAAUAUUCAUUUUCCAUAAAUCAAAUUUUUAGUGUAAAAAUGAUAAAGGAAACAUUACUUUGGGAGACUCUGCACACUGUAGAGCAGCUGGAGGUGGCCUUCGAGGAGACACUCCAAACUAUAGACGAUUUGAACAAUCGAUAUAGGCUUAUUGCCACACGAAAGAAAACAGCUGAGAAACGUCAGCGGCUCUAUGAGUCUGAAAUACAGGCGGCCAUCACAGAGCCCACAUAUACCAAGAUCCUAACUUGUCCGAUGAGGCGGAAGAAGCGCUCAAAGAAACGAACCGUAUACAGAAGGCAGACGGCUACUCAAAAGUCCAAUAAGCAGGCGGAACAGCCAAUUUUGUCCCUGCAAGCCAAUUGCACAUAUGAGUUGAACUUGAAUGGUUCGAGCACUGGGAUUCAUUCCGUUGAGGCGCGUAUUCAUCAGGAGCAAACGGAAUCGGCAACGGACGCGAGACCGGCUAGCAAUGGGAGUGGCAUGUCGGAAGCUUCAGAUCAAACGGAUCCUAAGCUCUGUUCCUGCAGCACCCAUUGCUGUCCCUAUUGCCAUUGCAAAACCUAUUAUUUUUAAUAUGUAUCUUAAAUGUAUAUUAGCGAUAUUCCCUUAAAUAA